CCCGAACCCAGAAAAAUUCGUUCCUUGCCACCCAAGGACACCUAUCUCCCUCCCUUACAACCUGGUGCACAUUAGCAUCUUGUCGGUGCAGUGUGUACCUCUUCCUCAAUCCCCGUGGCCGAGAUGGGGAAGGGAAUGCCGUACUCCGACGUCGAAAAGGGGCCAGAAAGGGGGCAAGAGAAGAGGCGGCACAGGAGUCGACCACCUCCGCCACAAAUUUGCCCCCCACCAGAGAAGCCAUGGUUUCCGUGGCUCGUGCCAGUCAUAUUUUCGGCCAAUCUCAUCAUGUUCAUCAUCACCAUGUACAUCAACGACUGCCCGUCUCAAGAGAAUCAUCCUCGGUGCAUUUUGCCUUUCUUGAAGAGGUUCUCUUUCCAACCCUUCAAAGAAAACAUCCUCCUUGGUCCUUCUGCACUCACUCUGCAAAAGCUAGGUGCCCUUGAAAAGAACUUAGUGGUGGACGACGGAGAAGGAUGGCGCCUCUUGUCUUGCAUGUGGCUUCAUGCUGGAGUUAUUCAUCUGGUUGUUAACAUGUUAAGCCUACUAUUCAUAGGAAUCCGGCUUGAGCAGGAAUUCGGUUUCAUCAGAAUAGGACCCCUCUACGUACUUUCUGGAUUAGCUGGAAGCUUAGCAUCUACAAAUCAUGGAAAAGAAUCUAGCGUAUCAGUUGGCGCAUCUGGGGCACUUUUUGGAUUGUUGGGAGCCAUGCUAUCAGAGCUUUUUACAAACUGGACAAUCUAUACAAAGAAGUGCAUAGCGCUCCUCAUACUCGUCAGCGUCAUUGCCGUGAAUUUGGCAUUAGGUUUUCUACCUAAGGUGGACAGUUCAGCUCAUGUAGGAGGAUUCCUCGCCGGAUUUUUCUUUGGCUUUGUUCUUCUUGUUCGCCCUCAAUUUGGAUAUGUAAGCCGCAAGUACAUUCCAAGUUCCUACAAUGGCAAACUUAAAUCUAGGCACAAGUGGUAUCAAUAUGUUCUAGGAAUCACUGCUACUAUUAUCUUAGUUCUUGGAUAUACAUAUGCCUUUGGCAAGCUAUACGGUGUACCACCAAUGAAAAAUCUGCCUUGAUUUCAAGAAAUCGAGACAUUCUUGAGAGUUCACCUGCUAGUUCCUCAAGAAUUGCAGGUAUAGCACCACAAACUAUAACAACACCCGAAAAGAGAAAAAAGAAACACCGCAAACUAUACUUCCUUAUAUCAGGAAUGUCAAACAAACACAUGAAACACACACACAUAUAUCUAAAGUGAACUUAUUGCUGAUUUAUGAUUGUAUACCUGUCAAUAUUCGGAUGUAAAUGUAUGUAUAUGAUUUGCAUACAUCUCGAAAACCAGAGAACUAGAAGCUACUACAAAAUUUGAAUAUGCUUUGGCAUGGUAUACUGGAGUUCAUAUGGCUCCAUCAGAUAUAGGAAAUUAGAAUACUUGAAACAUCACUUGCAUUGAAGUUUUAUGACUCAAACGUUAUUUCAGUAUUUCUUAUUCAAAUUCUGCAAUUA